UUUCUGCAGAUCUCUAUUCUUAUAUACGAAGCUAUACAAAUCGAUAUAUGGAAGCACAAAGUAUUCCCACUUUUGGUAGAAACGAAUGGGGAACCGAAAAAUACUUUUAUGCUUUUCACAAUUUUUUAUCAUGAAGAUACUGUUGUGUCAUUGUUAGAAAACGUACUAUUUCACUGUGAAAGUGCAGAGACUAUGGACGACACUGUUCUCGACCUCGUUGAUUAUUCUUUUAAAUCUGUAUCUCUGUUACUUAACGCAGGCGAAAGAGAAAUUUACGAAAAUAUUAAAGAUCCAAAUUCAUGCCUCCAAGAAAUAUUUGAAAAAAAGAAGGAACUCGAAUUUGAUAUUGGCAUGCGUUGUAUUUCAAUUCUUCGUUAUUUAGCAGAAUUUGCAGACAAUCUACCACUCUGUGUAUUAUCACGUUUGUUAGCAACGCAUGACAUACCGUAUUUACUUGUUGAACUUAUUGAAGCACAUCCAUGGAAAAAGGAAAAUACAGACGGAGAAAACAUGAUAUACAACAGUGGUUGGAGAAAAGUAAAGUCAAACGAAGAAGAAAAAGUAUCAAAAAUAGAAGGACAAGUUUGGUUUGCUUUACGAGAAUUAUUGCUUAAUCCUAAGAGUGCCCCAUACUAUGAAAUUACUGAACAUAGAUUUUCUCAACUGUUAAAGUUGCAGAAGUACUUGAACGAUUGUGUUUUGGAUCAGAUAUCACCAUUAAUAGAUCUGAAGAGAUGGUUAAGUUAUUUAAGUGUAUCAUCAUCCUAUAAUAAGUCACCUGCAGCAGUAAAUGUAGAACUUAUACCACAGAUAAGAUUAUCGAUAAUGGAGAAAUAUCACAAAAAGUGGAAGAAAUUAACGAAACAUCAGUCAAAAUUUAUAUACACGACAGAUACAGAAUAUAUAAAAAAUGCAGCACAGAUUUUAAGUGAUGCAUAUGAUCUAGAUAAAUUAGACUGCAUUGAAAUAAAAGAAUGUUUUUUAUGUCAUGGACAGGCAAAAAAGCGUUGUUCUAAAUGUAAAGACGCUUGGUACUGCGGAAGGUAUACAUAUAAUUUUUUUCAAUUUAUUCAGGUGCUGUUAAUAGUAUUAUAUUUUUAUUAA